ACUCCAGCAUGGCAUGGUUUUAGCCCAUGUUCAGGUGACCACUUCAGAAUGUGUCCUGUGAAUCUCCAUGAAGUACAAGUUUUACCCCUCCCCCUCCUGCACUGAGUUGAGUCCAUGAUUGAGACAAUCAAGAUGUUGGCCACAGUGAAGCGUUAUGUUCCAGUUGCAGUUUCAUGUUUUGCUAAGUACGUUUCUCUUGAUUACCUUUAACAUUUCAUUCAAUACGUUGGACCUAACUUCGAUUUGUGAUUUACCAUGGAGUUAAAAUUUGUUUUCAUCUUUGCUUUGGUUCUUUGGAUUGCACCAUCAUAUCCGAUGCCGGAACCACAGAUGAAUGAUCUAGAUGGCUUUCAGUUGUUCCUGCAUCGCUGUAGGCUUGUGAUCCGCUCUGUUCAACGCCGCAUUGCAGAAGGUCCGAACAGACAUAUUAUCCACGAAACUAUUAAUAUAUUGAGAGCCAUCCUUGCUAAUGUGAAUAGAAUAGGACAGGUACCAAGAUAUCAAGAUGCAAUGACAAGAGUAUCAAUCAGUCUCAACUUGAUGAUUCGACAACUUGCAAAUAUAAUCGAAGAAGAGCAUGUUGCUAGACACGAUAAUCACCUUUGUCAUCGUGUUACUGAUGGCCGUCUAGGAGCAUCACGAUAUGAUAUUUCAAUGCAACAGCUACAACUAAUGGUUGGGGCUAGGUUUACAGUGCGAAAUAUGUCUCAGAUGUUAUAUCCUGUUUCCCCUCGUACCAUCUCACGGCGUCUUCAAACAGCAAACUUACAUUUGAGGGAGUAUUCAGCCAUCACCAAUAAUGAUUUAGAUGGAAGAGUAACCGGCUACCAUCGCCGUUAUCCAAAUGCUGGAUACCGGACGAUGUUAUCGAUGUUACGCCAAGAUGGUGUACAUGUCCAAAGAAUGCGUCUUCGACAAUCACUUCAGAGAGUUGAUCCCGUUGGUGUGGCUAUUCGUUGGAGUGUAACUAUCCAACGACGUAGAUAUUCUGUUUCAGGGGCAAAUGCUUUAUGGCAUUUGGAUGGAAAUCAUGCACUGAUUCGAUGGGGUCUUGUCGUGAGCGGUUGCAUAGAUGGAUACAGCCGCCUUAUAACCCAUCUUGACGUGAUAGACAAUAAUAGAGCUUCCUCGACAUUCGCAUCUUUUCUGCAAGGAACGUUAAGAUUUGGUCUCCCAAUGCGUUUGCGUUGUGACCAUGGGGGUGAAAAUCGAUUAGUCGCUCGUUACAUGAUAAUCAGAAGAGGGACUGGAGAAAGAUCGGUUCUGACUGGAAGAUCGGUGCAUAACCAGCGAAUUGAGAGGCUUUGGGUGGACGUAUUUGCGCGAUGCUUGAGUGCGUAUUACAACCUUUUCCAUCUAAUGGAGGCCCAAAAUGUUCUUAAUCUCGAUAAUGGAUUACAUCUAUUUGCUCUCCAUUAUGUGUACCUUCCCCGUAUUCAAAGGGAUCUGACCACCUUCGCCAAUGCUUGGAAUCACCACAGUAUGGAUAGUCAAAACGGUCGAACACCAUUACAAACAUGGACAAUGAACAUGGCCAGGAAUCGCAGAUAUCGUGCUGCGAAUCAUGGCCAUCAGGAUAUCCAGCGCAUGUUUAACCUUCAAAAUAUCGCCCAAAUACAGCCACACUAUACAGUGCCGUCUCGAGGAAAUAUACACUUGGACAAUGCCACAUUUAACAUAUUAAGAGAAAAUAUUGAUCCAAAUAGAGCAAGCAACUCUAGAGGAGUAGAUGUGUAUAGAGAUGUACUUCAUUUCAUAUCAAAUCACCAGAUGCAUUAAUUAUUUUCAGUCAGUUGGACAAGACUACUAUAAAACCCAAAACUACUAUUAAAUCUGUGAUCAUCAUAAGUGUCGACAGUCCCAUUUCAAUUUAAAUGUCUGUUCCAGAGUAUCGUCAUUUUAGGAAGCCGAAGAAAGUCCUCUUCUCUUUCCUUUCCGGAGACCCUUAAUCUCGUUGCAUAUGCAGACAUGUAUUAAUGAUAUUCAAAUUUUGCAUUAUCUUGCCCCGGAUUAUAUGAAAAUGCCAAUCCCUGCUAAAUCUAUUACUCCCUUCGUACUUGAAAUAUAAGGGGGGGGGGGGUGGGUUCAAUGUACAAAAAACUAUAUGAGGGAAGGCGGGGUAAGUGGUGGCACUUUUUGCAUUUUGCAUGUUAUAAUUUAUUGAUAUCACAAAUAAGUACCUUUCCUUUAAAUUUGAUUCUUGUGAAAUAUUUUUCACAUGAAAUGUAAGUGUGACCUUUGAAAAAAAACCGACGUCAAAUGGCUCAACUACCCCCGUCUGUGAGGUAAGUUAUGCCACCUUCUGGGGUAAGUUGGGCCACAAAAAACUAUGUACAAAAGGUAUGCGGGAAUUCAGGACCAGCAUAUAAAUUUUCUAUUUAAAAUCUUUUCACUUGCUUAUUCCAUACUAACAUCCUCUAAAAGUAAAAUAACUGUAAUGUCAAUUUGCUGCCUGCAUAUCAAGGGUUUUUAAGGUUUUUUUUAUUACUAUACAUUAACAUAAGACAUUCCAUGGCCCAAUUUGCCCCAUGUUUGCUGGCACAAAUAACCCCAGUCCGAACUUAAUGCGGUAUUUUUACAUGCACACAUUUCCUAUGCAUCUAUCAUGUAAAAGAUUAAGAAAAGAAUGAGAAUCCAGGCCUGUUCUAAUAAUAUUGUUCUUAUUUCUUUAUUAUAUUACAAGACAUGUGUGGGUAAAAAAAGCACUGAUCUAUUUCACACCCUUUUUACUUUUUUGGCUGAAAUUGUAUUUUUUCCCUCUAAAAAGUACUUAAUAUCUUCCAAAGUUGGAAAUAAUGUGAUGUGGAAAAGGGUUAUGCAUUAGUUCAUCAAUACAUGACACCACCACAAUGUCUGACUCAUUCAUUAUUGCUCUGGGGGUCGUGGCUCAACUUGACCCCUAUGCUCAACCUACCACGCCUUCCCCUAUACCAUCCCGUGUUAUAAUAUCAAUCAUUCUUUAUCAUCAAACGUAAGAAGUGAUCUGCAUGAUUCUUGAUUAUUUGUUGCAUCAUACAUUAAUUUGUCACCGGUUUGUUAGGUUUUCUGCUUAUAUUUUGGUCAUUAAUAUGUCAAUUAUUGUUUUCCUUUUUAUGAUUUCCUUUAAUUUCCAAUCUUACAUUCUUAAGGUAUUUUCUUUUAAUUAUGACCCCAUGAAAGAACAGUGAUAUUUUGUAAAUAUCAUCAUUAUGGGUUAUCCUCCUUUGUAACUAUAUUAAUGAUCUGCAUGUAUUUAAUCAUAAUUUUAUAUGUAAAUAAAACAUUAAUGCACAGCAUAAUUAUAAGACGAAAUUAUGUAGUUGAGUUGAGUUUUAAUAUCAACAAGUAAUUUGAUAAGAAAGUCAGUAGAAAUCUAAAGUUUUCACUUGUUUCUCAGCACUCUCCCUGUUAUAUGAGCAAAAAAAUCUCAAACCUUCACUACGUGUAAAUGUAAUCUGAGAUAAUAUGCCAGAUGUGGUAAACUGAAGGUAUUAUAUCAUAUAAAAGUGACAUUAAGAUAUACAUAUCAUGUGAAAUAUAUCAGAGAAUUAUGUUUAAUAGACAUUGUUACAUUAGUUGCCAUGAUCAGUACCCGAUGGAGCAACAAAAUAUCUCAAAAGAAACAAUCAAGUAACACAUUUACAGACUUGAUAGUACACUUGAAAAUAUUGAAAGGUGUCCUAAUUUUGAUAUUCAACAGAAAUGUUUAUUUAUCAAAGGCAAUAAGCAUAUGACCUUGAUAAAAUAGGGAUUGAUUCAACUGUAUAUCAUGAAUAUGCCCUAUACACAGCAAAAACUGUGGUGUUAACAGGUGUACAUACAGGACGCCAGUUAUUUUACACCGGUUUUAAAUUGACAGUUUUAGUUUAAUAAUUUAUAUUGCGCACAUAUCCACCUUGUUAGGUGCUCCUAUAUAGUUUAACACCUAUAGGUUACAUUUACCCUCUUUGGUGUUAUGUUCGAUCUCUAGGGUGUAAUUGUAACACCUCAUGGUGUGGCCCUCUAUUAACACCAACUUUGUUGUCGCCUUUUUGUGAGCUAGUUUCAUCUUAUGUUAAUGUUCAAGUGGUGUAUUUCAGGUCAUACUUUGUCACACUUUUGGUUGCACUAUACCUCGGCGGUGCCGCCCGAACGACCAUGCCCAUGGACCGACGGGUAAAUACUGUACCCCAUUUCAUUUCGAUUUAUGGCUCGUCCUAUCGGUAGGGCUGGGGUACAACGUACAAGUAUUGUUCUGAAUAGAGAUCAGUUAAUUUAAGAUAUAUUUCUUAUAUAAUUACAUUUACAAAGUUUCUAUCAAUAUUCUGUUUAAUUGAAGUGCAACGAAUGUUUAGUAUAAUUUGAUUGUUUCUGUGAAGAUUGAAAAAUGCCAAGAUGAAAAAAUGAAGAGCUUCCCAAUUAUGAAGUAGCAAUAAAUAACCUGUCCGCUGCAUGUACAGUGCUUAUAAAAAAAAGUUUACACUUACAAAAUAUUUCCGCUUGAGUGAGCACCACUCACUUUUGAAAAGUUUGUGAAAAGUGAUUUGCGCAGAACUUUGAAAUAGUUAUGCGCUUUCAUAACCCUCUCUUUUAUUUACACCACUCUCCUUUUUGGAGAAUAAUUUUGUGAUUCUCCUCUAUUCAUUACUCGUUUAUCUGUUUUGUUCUCUGCUUCUCGUGUCUAAGGGGUAUGUAAGAAAAUACAAAACUUGAAACAUACUUGUAUAUCGAUCUAUCUUGAAUGAGAAUCCCAGUCACCAUCUUUGUGUCAAUCACUCCUUUUACCGUUAGAGCCCUUUAUUAAGAUCAGUGGCGUAACUACAGCGGGGGACAUGGGUAGCACGUCCCCCCAUCGGCUGACCAAAAAAAAUAAAAACGGGGAAAAGGAGGGAGAAUGGAAGAGAAACGUAGUGGUAAAGAAGCCAUUAUUGUUCAUUAUAAUGUUUUAUUAUAUCAUAAUUAUGUUGUGAUUUAUUACAUAAAAAACAUUUCUUUUUAUAACUGUAUGAAACAUAGUUUGCUUAGGGCCAAUGUCUUCAUUGUGCCUGGUGCUCGCAUUGUCUGUUUAUACUAUAACAUCCCGUUUUCAAGACAAAUUCACCAGACUGCCUUAUAUUUCCUCGCACUUCGAGCUAUUAUUGUUUUAUAUACAACUUUAGUAUACUAACUUGUUUUACCUCACAGGGGUUGCAUGUUCACACUCAUGAUUGGUAAGCGUUUGUUACCAUAUUCCUCUUUACUUCACAAUUGUAUUCUUAAUUUUUUAUAAAAAUAAAUGUAUACAAAAUACGUAUUCAU